AGCAGGAGCCGGAUGGUCAGAGGAGCCCGGCAGUCCCAGCAGCCGCGGAGUCGCCUGGCCCCCAGACUGACGGGCACGGUGGAGAAACCACCUCGAAAGCGGAAAAGCAGGACUGAAUUUACUCUUAAAGAAACCAUGUCCUCUGGAGGUGCUGAAGAUGACAUCCCACAGGGAGAGAGGAAGACUGUUACAGAUUUCUGUUAUCUUUUGGAUAAGUCCAAGCAGCUGUUCAAUGGGUUAAGAGAUUUGCCACAGUAUGGACAGAAGCAGUGGCAGUCCUACUUCGGAAGAACUUUUGAUGUUUAUACCAAACUCUGGAAAUUCCAGCAACAGCAUCGACAAGUCCUGGAUAAUCGGUAUGGCUUGAAGCGGUGGCAAAUAGGGGAAAUCGCUUCCAAGAUCGGGCAGCUGUAUUACCACUAUUAUUUACGCACAUCUGAGACCAGCUAUCUGAAUGAAGCUUUCUCCUUCUACUCUGCAAUCAGACAAAGAUCAUACUACUCUCAAGUCAAUAAAGAAGACAGGCCUGAGUUGGUUGUUAAGAAACUCCGAUAUUAUGCAAGAUUUAUAGUAGUUUGUCUUCUUCUUAACAAAAUGGAUGUUGUGAAAGACCUGGUAAAGGAAUUGUCUGAUGAAAUUGAAGACUAUACUCAUCGCUUUAAUACUGAAGAUCAAGUAGAGUGGAACCUGGUGCUUCAAGAAGUAGCAGCAUUCAUUGAGGCAGACCCUGUGAUGGUGUUAAAUGAUGAUAACACCAUUGUUAUCACAUCCAAUCGCCUCGCUGAAACAGGAGCCCCGUUGCUGGAACAAGGCAUGAUUGUGGGACAGCUCUCUCUGGCUGAUGCACUCAUUAUUGGUAAUUGUAAUAAUCAGGUCAAAUUCAGUGAAUUAACUGUUGACAUGUUCCGGAUGUUGCAAGCCUUGGAGAGGGAGCCGAUGAAUUUAGCUUCGCAGAUGAAUAAACCAGGAAUACAGGAGCCAGCUGACAAGCCUACCAGACGAGAAAACCCCCACAAGUAUCUGCUCUACAAACCGACCUUCAGCCAACUGUAUACAUUCUUAGCAGCGUCUUUUAAGGAGCUGCCUGCCAAUAGUGUGCUUCUGAUUUACCUGUCAGCCACUGGCGUUUUCCCCACAGGUCGUUCUGAUGGUGAAGGUCCUUACGACUUUGGAGGUGUACUUACUAAUAGUAACCGGGACGUUAUAAAUGGAGAUGCAAUCCACAAACGAAAUCAGCCCCACAAGGAGAUGCACUGCCUUCAUCCUGGAGAUCUCUAUCCAUUCACAAGGAAACCCCUGUUCAUCAUUGUGGACUCCUCCAAUAGUGUUGCCUACAAGAAUUUCACAAACUUGUUUGGACAGCCACUUGUCUGCUUGCUUUCUCCGACAGCGUAUCCAAAAGCUUUGCAAGAUCAGUCUCAGCGAGGUAGCCUCUUCACUCUCUUUUUGAACAAUCCUCUAAUGGCCUUCCUAUUUGUGUCUGGAUUGUCAAGCAUGCGUAGAGGCCUGUGGGAAAAGUGUCAAGAAUAUCUUCGAAAAAUCAACCGUGAUAUUGCCCAGCUACUGACCCAUUCACGUUCAAUAGAUCAGGCCUUCCUCCAGUUUUUUGGAGAUGAGUUUCUUCGAUUGCUUCUCACAAGGUUUGUCUUCUGCUCAGCCACCAUGAGGAUGCACAAGGCCUUUCGGGAAACUCGAAAUUACCCAGAAUCCUAUCCACAACUGCCAAGGGAUGAAACCGUGGAGAAUCCUCAUCUUCAGAAGCACAUUUUGGAAUUGGCCACCAUUCUGGAUGUUCGAAAUAUCUUCUUUGAGAAUUCUAUGGAUGACUAUUAAAACCCUCUUGUUUUAACAGUUUUUUCAUUUUCCACAGAUUUUAAAUGGUGCAGUUUUUUAAUGUAAUGACAGAGACAUAGUGUGUUACUUGGUUUUUAUUUUUGGAUUUAAGAACCAUCAUUUUAAAAGCAAACUGAAAAAAAAAGUUCAGACUUUUAGGGUAACUGUUUUAAAAUAUAAUCUUUCAAGUCUUUUAAAGUCUCAAUGUUGAAAU